AUGGCCCUUCUACCCUCCACGGCCUCACCGCUGCAGGCCUUUGUCAGGGCUCAAUUCCUCACAAAACCAGUUCCGCCACCUCUGUCAACAUGUCUCGCCGGACAGACGGUCAUUAUCACGGGAGCCAACACCGGUAUCGGUCUCGCUGCGGUUGCUAGUCUUCUCAGAUACCAUGCCUCCCACAUCGUUAUGGCGUCGCGAUCCGUAGAAAAGGGAGAAGCCGCCGCUGCUCCGCUCCGCAAACAGUACCCCAACGCUCAGAUUGAAGUGAGGCAGCUUGACAUGCUCUCUUACGAGUCCAUCCAGGGCUUCGUCAAAACCUGUAGCAAUUUGUCCCGAAUCGACAAGGUCAUCCUCAAUGCAGGCGUGGCCAUGGGCGAUUUCGUCAUCAACCAGACGACUGGCCACGAGGCGACUUUCCAGGUCAACUACCUGUCCACCGCGCUCCUGGCCAUCCUCCUUCUCCCGGUUCUCAAGUCGAAACGACAAGCUCAUGCCCCGGGAAGAAUCACAAUAGUCGCCUCUGGGAUGGCACUUGUAUCCCAGUUCGCCAACCGCGAGGCCAACCCUCUCAUUCCGUCAUUUGACGAUCCAAAAGGCUGGGGAACUGCGGCCGCAUUGGAGCGGUACGGUCUGACCAAGACACUGGUGCUGAUGCUGGUUCAGAAGCUUAGCGAGAACGUGGAUCCCAGUGAGGUCAUUAUCAACGCUAUAGAACCGGGACUAGUCGGGGGCUCUGGCCUCCAGCAGCAUGCCCCCGCGUACCUGCGGGCCAUCUUCCGCUUUGUCCACGCAAUUGCAGCGCGAUCAACUGAGCAAGGCGCCUGGUCAUACGUGGAUGCAGUCGCGUUAAAGGGCCAAGAGAGCCACGGUGGUCUGGUGCUGAACUGGAAGAUCCAUCCGUUUCACCCCAUGAUGUAUGAGCCAAGCGGCAAGAAGAUCACGGAGAGGCUGUGGAAAGAAACAAUGCAGGAGUUGGGCUUUUCCAACGUGCAGGGGAUCAUUGAUUCUAUGCGCAAAGCGUGA